AUGAGACUCAGCACCUUGCUGCUGGUGUUUGGGCUUUCGGCGUCUCCCCGGGGGGUACAAGCCGAGACUCAAGUUGAGGAGUCCAUCGCUUCCAUCUGGGACGACUUCAAAAAUGCGGUGGACUGCGGGGCUUGCCAGGUUCUCCUCGGUGGUAUCAAAGUUGCCGCGGGGCUUGGUGAGAAUUUCCUGAUCGAAGUGUUCAUCGGGCUGUGCAAAAUCAGCAGGGUCGAAGACCCAGAUGUCUGCACUGGCGUCAUUGAAAAAGAAGGACCUGCGCUUCAUGAUGCUUUCAAAGCUUUACAUCUUAACUCCGAUGCCUCCAAGACACUUUGCGCUAGUUUGGUCGGGCUCUGCAAGCACCCUGCUGUUAGUCCCUGGACUUGGACAUUCCCUUCACCCAAGCCAACGACUGCGAGACCGCCACCCAGUGGCAAGACACCGCUCAAGGUUGUCCACUUCAGUGAUACUCAUGUGGAUCUCCUCUACGAGCCUGGGUCCAGCUACGAAUGCUCCAAGCCUAUCUGUUGUAGAACUUGGUCGGAUAAGUACGCACCGGGGAACACAGAACACCCAUGUGGACUAUUUGGAAAUACAAAGUGUGACCCGCCACAAAUACUGCAAGACAGUUUGCAUUCUGCUAUCGCAGACAUCAAUCCAGCGUUUUCUGUUUACACCGGUGAUGUGGUGGCUCAUGAUAUCUGGUUGGUUGACGAGGCUGAAGCGUUGAAAGGUCUCAAUGCCACAUACAGUGCAAUGGAAAAAGACAUCGGCACGGUGUACGCUGCCAUAGGAAACCAUGACACCGCACCACUCAAUCUCUUUCCUCCGGAUUCUUUGAGUGAAGCCAAUCCCCAAUGGACGUAUGAGGCUCUUGCAGAAGAUUGGUACGGACUCACGGGCGUUCCUUCCGUGAAAUCUGCAGAUCAAUUUGCCUCGUACUCAGCCGUCCACCCCAACAGCAAUCUGCGCAUCAUUUCCUACAACAGCAUCUUCUACUACAUAUACAAUUUCUACAUGUAUCAGGAACCUAUGGAGAAAGACCCACGCGGUCAAUUUGAAUGGCUUAUCCAGGAGCUGCAGGCCGCCGAGGAUGCAGGCCAACGCGCAUGGCUAAUCUCUCACAUCCCAUCCGGUGUACCUGAUCACUUUCGCGACCACUCCGACUACUUUGACCAGAUUGUGCAGCGGUACGAGACCACUAUUGCGGGACUUUUCUAUGGCCAUACGCACCGGGAUGGGUUCCAGAUCGCAUACUCCAACUACAACAACCGAGACUGGGACACAGCCACUGCCAUGGGUUAUGUGGCUCCAGCGGUGACGCCAACGGAGGGCUCACCCUCUUUCCGCGUCUACGAGAUUGAUCCAGUCACCUUCGGCGUCCUAGACUAUACUCAGUAUAUUGCCAACAUCAGCGACCCAUCCUUCCAGACGAAGCCAAAAUGGGUGCCUUACUACUCCGCCAAAGCAGACUAUGGAUCCAAGAUCAUUCCUCCGCUCACUGAUCCCAAAGCUGAGAUUAGUCCGGCUUUCUGGCACAAUGUCACUGUCGCCAUGGAACGCGACCCGACCGUUUUCCAAGAUUACUGGGCGAGACGUGUCCGCGGGUUCGAAGUCGAGAGCUGCAAUGACGACUGCAUGAAAAACGAGAUUUGCCUUCUUCGUACCGCUAAUGCACAAUACAACUGUGAUGAGCCGAAGGCUUUCGACUACUCAAGGCGCGAUAAGAAGGAGGGUGGUAUCUUGUUGGAAAGGGAGCCUCGCAUUGACUGCGAUCAUGUUGGAAUGGCAACCUUAAUCUCAAAGAUAGCAUAUCGGGCCAAAUUUGAGCGAAGAAAGGAGCUUGAGGCGUGA